AUGUCGAACAAGUCUCUUGCUGCGGCCAAGAAAUACACCGUCCAACCCCGCGGCAUCUAUGCCUUCAUCAACCGCCUCUUCGCCGUCGACCCCCAGCGCAGCACCGGCGUACCACUGAACCCGCAAUUCCGCAACCCGCCGCCGGGCGCCAACCCGCCCGCCGACUACGACGACCCGACGACCGUGCCAGCCGCGGAUCUGGCGGACAACCCGUACUGGAAGCGCGACGUGCGGCGGCGGUACCCGCAGCUGAGCGUGGUCGACCAAGCGACCAGCGUGGGGCUGCUGAGCGUGGGGAGCGCGGGCAGGGAGAAGGUCGAGUUGAUCGGGGAGGCGGGACAGAAGCAGCUGGUGGCUGUGCAGGAGGAAGGGCAGAAGGGCCUGGCGGCGUUCUUUGAGAAGGAGAAGGGCGUCGCGAAGGAUGUGCUGGGCCCCGGGGGGAUGCCGCCGCUGCCGAGUGGGGCGUGGGCUGGGUCGGUGGAGGGGGUCAAGCGGUAUGAGAUGCCGGAGGAGCAAUCGUAUACGGCCGAUUACCCGUGCAGAACUUUCCAGUAAGCGGCGUUGAAGAUGCGUUUGUGGGUGGGUAGAAAGAAACAGCAUGGACGUGGUUGUACAUAAGAGUGAAUAUGCUGCUUCUCAUUGAAAACUUAAAGAUUAGAUUUUUAUGGCAGUGUUUUGUUGAUAUUUGUUUACCGUAGUCGCCAUAUAAGGGCAGCAGUUGACGAGAUGUGGCCCAAGGUUACCAGCCGUCAACUGUGGUCUGCUUCGAUUCCUUUCCCGACAUCGUAGAAAAAGGUUUCCCUAGCUCGCUUUCGUCCC